CGAGAGCCUAGUUUUAGGCCCCUUACACUCUUGUUCACAUAUUAUCGUGGUAUGGGAUCAGCAUGCGAAUUUUAACCCUGUUUACAACCGUCAAGUAUUGCCAUUAACUUUACGUGGUAUUAACAUCUUGUUCUAAAUUGUAACGUCCUGGCUGUUGAAAAGCAGCUUUAUUCAGUCAAUGCUGCGUUGACAGUGCAUGUGACGAUGAACUGCUACCUCGCUGGGUCAAAGGGCCGCAAUUACGUCUGAUAACAAACGAGAUUACGGAAUUUGUGGUGAGUAUCGGAGGUCUCUUCCUGGCAGUAGCAGAGCGUAGUAUUGGCAGCUGAGCUCUCGCUGUCGAUGUUGUAUAGGGUAUCCUUCCUGGUGGGACCGUUCUCAUUGUGGAGCGUGUCGAUUCUUUCUGAACGUGCUCCUUCGAUUUCCCGGUAUCCGUACACGAUCCGAGGACCCAAAUGCAAGGGUAAGCCGUCACCCAUCUCAGAUCCUAUCAUGUCCCUCCGGGUCCCGUCAGGCCCAGGACUGGCUCCUGCCACCCCUGAGUACUGGGUGGAGAUGGUUCGUGACAGAGAAUAUCAUCGCAUGUACGGAACUCGCGUAAAUCAGUCGCCAACCGGGAUGCCGGCGUUUUUGCAUGUCCGCUGAACUGUACAACGCUCGAUAAAAAGCAAAUGUUUAGCUGAUGCUAU